AUGUUAACAUCAAAAGUUUCAAGAAAUAGGACGAUAAACUCGUUAUUAAAAAAUAAUAAUAAUCUUACAAAUGCUCACAUUCCAAUAUCUACUAAUUAUAUCAAAAAUUAUCAAAUUCAAAGACAAUUAUCCACUCAAAGACCAGAUCAGUGUCAAUACCUCAAAUCACAAAGCAUAAAUGGUCAAUUUCACAAGUUCAAUCAAAUAUCACCAAAACUUCAAUCACAACAUUUGCAUCAAUUAAGACUGUUUCAUUCUUCAAAUAGACGACAAUUACAAAUGCAAAAAAAUGAAGAAGAAGAUAAUAGACCAGCUCUUGAAAAAUAUGGUACGGAUAUUACACAAUUAGCAAAAGAUGGUAAAUUAGAUCCUGUUAUUGGUCGUGAUGAAGAAGUUAAAAGAACUAUACAAAUUUUAUCAAGAAAAACUAAAAACAAUGCUUGUUUAGUUGGUAAGCCGGGUGUAGGAAAAUCGGCUAUAUUGGAAUCACUUGCUCAACGUAUAGUGAAUGGUGAAGUUCCAGACUCAAUGAAAGGUAAAAAAGUUAUAUCAUUAGAUUUAGCUGGAAUUGUAAGUGGUUCAAAAUAUAGAGGUGAUUUUGAAAGUAAAUUUAAAGCUAUCAUGAAAGAAAUUGAAGAAAAACAUGGUGAAAUUAUUCCAUUUGUUGAUGAAUUUCAUACUAUUUUAUCUUUGGGCAAAAGUGAAGGUAGUAUGGAUGCAAGUAAUAUGUUAAAACCUGCAUUAGCUAGAGGUCAAUUAUCAAUGAUUGGUGCUACUACCACUGAUGAAUAUAGAAAAUACAUUGAAAAAGAUCAAGCAUUAGCUAGAAGAUUUUCAGCAGUUUUAGUUACUGAACCAACUGUUGAAGAUACCAUAUCUAUAUUAAGAGGUUUAAAAGAAAGAUAUGAAGUACAUCAUGGGGUUAGAAUAUUAGAUUCUGCAUUAAUUUCAGCAGCUACUUUAUCAAAUAGAUACAUAACUGAAAGAUUUUUACCAGAUAAAGCUAUUGACUUGGUAGAUGAAGCAAGUUCGACUUUAAGGUUACAACAUGAAUCCAAACCAGAUGCUAUAUCUACAUUAGAUCGUCAAAUUAUGACCACAGAAAUUGAAUUAGAAUCAUUAAGAAAAGAAGAUGAUCCAAUUUCAAGAGAUAGAAAACAAAAAUUAGAAGAACAACUCACUUUAAAAAAACAAGAUCUUCAAGAAUUAACAGAAAAAUGGAAUACUGAGAAAAAGGCAAUUGAUGAUGUAAAAGCAGCUAAAUCAAAAUUAGAACAAGCUAAAUUUGAAUUAGAACAAGCUCAAAGAGAAGGUGAUUAUGCUAAAGCUUCCAAAAUCCAAUAUGCUGAAAUACCACAAUUACAAACAAAAGUUAUAGAAUUCACCAAAUCAGAAGAAGCUGCAAAAUCAUCAAAUCUUUUACAUGAUUCAGUUACAUCUGAUGAUAUAGCAUCAGUCAUAUCUAAAAUGACAGGUAUACCAUUAAAUAGUUUAUUAAAAGGUGAAAAAGAUAAAUUAUUAGAUAUGGAAGCCACUUUAGAAGCAGAAGUUGUUGGACAGCAAGAGGCUAUUCAUGCUGUUUCAGAUGCUGUUAGAUUACAUCGUGCUGGUUUAACUGAUCAAAAUAAACCAAUUGCAUCAUUUGUAUUUUUAGGUAGUACAGGUACUGGUAAAACUCUUUUAACAAAAGCAUUAGCUAAAUGGUUAUUUAAUGAUCCAAAUUCAGUUAUAAGAUUUGAUAUGAGUGAAUUUCAAGAAAAACAUUCGGUAUCAAGAUUAAUUUCAGCUCCUCCAGGUUAUGUUGGUUAUGAAGAAGGUGGUGAAUUAACUGAAGCUGUUAGAAGAAGACCUUAUAGCAUUGUUCUUUUUGAUGAAGUUGAAAAGGCACAUCCAGAUAUUGUUAAAAUAUUAUUACAAGUAUUGGAUGAAGGUUCAUUAACUGAUACUCAUGGUGUAAAAGUCAGCUUUAAAAACACUAUAAUUGUAAUGACUUCAAAUCUUGGACAAGAAAUUUUAUUAGCUGAUUCAAGUGCAAAAGAUGAUGGUAAAAUAAGUCCAGUUGUUAAAACAGAAGUUAUUGAUGCAUUAAAACGUCACUAUCCACCAGAAUUUUUGAAUAGAAUUGAAGAUAUUAUUGUGUUUAACAGAUUAUCCAAGAAAUCAUUAAAAGAAAUUUUGGAAAUAAGAUUAGGUGAAAUCGAUGAUAGAUUAUUAGACAAGAGAAUUGAAUUAAAAUUAACUCAACCAGCAAAAGAUUUAUUAAUUGAGAAAGGUUAUAGUCCAGUUUACGGUGCAAGACCAUUAAAUAGAGUCUUACAAAAGGAUCUAUUAAAUCCAUUAGCAAGAUUAGUUUUAUCUGGUCAAAUUAAGAACAAUGAAGUUGCAAAAGUUGAAGUCAGAAAUAAAGAAAUUUAUGUCGUUCCUAAUCAUUCUGAAAAAUCUGUGGUAGAGGAAGAGGAACAUUAUUGGCAAAAGAAGGAUAAAGAAGAUGAUAAACAUUAA